CACACACUGAGGAGAGAGACUCCACACACACACACACACACCGAUGAGAGACUCACACAGACUGAGGAGAGAGACUCCCCACACACAGACAGCAGCCCGGAUAACAUGAUUAGCUCUCCAUUAGGUACGCCACUGAGCCCAGAUCAUUGUGUCGGGAGGGAGAGGCGCCGCGGAGGGAAGAAUACUUCUCGCUUCAUCCGCCACAUGGAUCCUCUUUGCUUCCUGUUGAUCUGCUUAAAGAAGUUACCCGCUGACAGCUUUUUUAAUGUCCGUGCGUCUCUGGCGCUGGACAGCUUGUGCCACCGCUUUCUGCCUCAGAUGAACUGACAGCCUUAUGAACACUAAGAGGUUCCUCCCUGAGGAGCGUGCACAUGAUGAAAGAAAGAAAUCUGGGAAGCCUCAGAGGAGUGAUUCAAUCCCUUCCUUUUUCAGCCCUGCUGAGAGCUACUAGCUCCGUGCUUCCUGGUGAUGAUAUUUGUUAAACCCAGGUGAAUUCAAACAGGAAGUGGGCACAUCUGCUCCAAUGGGGUUUGACAACGACACCAACCAGACUCUGCCAGCCGUCGCCCCUUACAGUCUGCGGAUCUCGCUGCCGCUCACUGUGCUGGUGGGGAUCAUGAUCAUGCUGACAGUGUUUGGCAAUGUGCUGGUGGUCAUUGCUGUGUUUACAAGCCGGGCCCUGAGGGCUCCCCAGAACUUAUUCUUGGUGUCUCUGGCGUCGGCGGACAUUUUGGUAGCUACCCUCGUAAUGCCUUUCUCCUUGGCCAAUGAGCUAAUGGGAUACUGGUACUUUGGCGAGGUGUGGUGUGAGAUAUAUCUGGCUCUUGAUGUGCUUUUCUGCACCGCCUCCAUUGCCCACCUCUGCGCCAUAAGUUUAGACCGCUACUGGUCCAUUACACAGGCCAUCGAGUACAACCUGAAGAGGACGCCGCGGCGAAUCAAGUGCAUCAUCUUCAUCGUGUGGGUCAUCGCGGCGGUUAUCUCCUUCCCUCCUCUUAUCACCAUGGAAAAGGAAAAUCGCGUGGAGGACCCUGUGUGUAAGAUCAAUAACGACAAAUGGUACGUCAUCUCCUCCUGCAUCGGCUCCUUCUUCCUCCCCUGCGUCAUCAUGGUCCUUGUCUACGUGAGGAUCUAUCAAAUCGCCAAAAAGAGGACUCGGGCGCCACCGGGAGACAGGAAGCGGACGGAGAUGCCAAAGACGGCCACUGUCGCUGCAGCCGACCAGAAGGCCAACGGUGUGGGAGCAGAGGAACGCCUCUGCCACGAGAAGCUGAACGGCGAGCAGGACAUAGAGCUGAAAGAGAUGGUGAGAGGAGAGAAAGGAGCAGAUGAGGAGAAGGGCCCGGUCAACGGGGUAGACCUUGAGGAUUCGUCCUCAUCUGACCACAAUGUAAAAAAUCCCUGCUCCAUCAAAAAGAAAGCGCCCAAGGGGAAAACCAAUAUUAGCCAAAUCAAACCGGGGGAUGAUGGCGUCCAAAGGCGGGCGCCGAGCUCUAAGGGUAGCCGCUGGAAGGGCCGACAGAACCGCGAGAAACGAUUCACCUUUGUUCUGGCCGUGGUCAUCGGAGGGUUUGUCAUCUGCUGGUUUCCCUUUUUCUUUACCUACAUGCUGAUGACACUGUGCGAGUCUUGCCCUGUCCCCGACACCCUGUUCAAAUUCUUCUUCUGGUUUGGCUAUUGUAACAGUGCUCUGAACCCCAUUAUUUACACCAUCUUCAACAAUGACUUUAGGAGGUCGUUUAAAAAGAUACUGUGCAGGAGAGACACUAGAAGAUAUGUAUGAUGGACUCUGACUUUGUGUACAUACUUUCUUUUUUUACUUUAUUGUACAUAACUUAUUAAAUUAAUAGACCAUUGUGCAUGGGCUUGUACACUCUAGGUGUUUAAAUGUUUGGAAAGGCUUUACAGUGUCUUAUCAAAGAGUCAAUCAUCCUCACAGAGAGGUCGAGACAGAACACAGUUAAAAACAUGCUUUUAUCGUAAAUGUUAUUUUUAUUUUUUAUAAAGGAAUCCACCAAAGUGAAGUCAUGAUAUGUAUUGUUCUUUACAGAAGUAUGUAGUGUCUGAAAAUAUAUCUUUAUUGUCCUUGUUAUGGAUCCAUAAUUGUGUCAUUUUGUAUGAUAUGAUGAUAAUGACAACGAUGAUGGUACAGAUAGCGAUGGUAAUGACAAAGUUUGGGAUAAAUCCUGGAUCUUUAAAUAAUAAAACCUCUUUCUUGAACUGCUCUUAAUGCAAAGGUAAA